AUGCGUCUGCCGACUCUUUCUUCUCUCCUGUGCCUUGCUGGCCUGGUCUCCGUGCCUGUCAAUGCCUACGAUGACCCCAAUAUCAAAAGCAUUCCUCUCCGAACCCACAGUCUCACUUCGCCCUACCUCGAUUCGGAUUUCCAAAGCCGCUGGUUCGACUUCGGAGGAGAUACAGUGAUUCGGGCUGAUAAAUACAUCCGUCUCACAGCCGACCGCCCCUCGCAGCAAGGAUGGAUCUACUCCCGCGUGCCUUUGACGGCGACAAACUGGCAGAUCGAACUGGAAUUCGAGAUCCACGGCAAUGGCAACUUGCACGGUGAUGGCUUCGCGCUUUGGCUCACCAAGCAGCGCGCCACGCAGGGCCCUGUCUUCGGUUCUACAGACCGUUUCGAGGGUCUCGGCAUCUUCUUUGAUACCUACAAGAACAACCGUCCCGGUGUCUCGUUCCCGUACGUCAUGGCCAUGAUGGGUGACGGCGAGACCACCUACGACCAGGCGCACGACGGCAAGGCUAACGAGCUUGCCGGAUGCUCUGCUCGCGGUCUCCGUAACGCCCCCGUUCCCACCAAAGCCCGUCUCACCUACUUCCAAGACAAGUCCCUCUCCCUGGAACUUCAGUACAAGACCGAGGACACGUGGGUCGAGUGCUUCAACCUCAACGCCGAGGACUCCAACAUCGCCAUUCCCUCUGUUGCUUACCUGGGUCUCUCCGCCGAGACUGGUGAAUUGAGCGACAACCACGAUAUCAUCUCUCUCAAGGCCGAGAACCUGUACUCCGUUGGUCGUAACAGCGCUGGCGGCAGCCGUGGCUCGGACAAGGACAAUGGACGUGGUCGUGGCCGCAAUUCCAGCGUCAGACCUAAGAAGAAGACCGGCAGUUGGACCUGGUUCCUGUUCAAGAUUGUCCUCUUCUUCGGUGCCGUUGCUGGUGCUUACUUCGGAUGGACUGUUUACCGGACCAAGACGCGUUCCUCGCGCUUCUGA